AUGGAUAAGCACAACAACCCCAAGAAUGGGGAAGUGGGGAGCAAUGUGUUUCGUAGGAUGAUUCUUAAUCAGAUUGCUGGGGACUUAGGUUUGGAUGAGGAGAAUGUGCCUUGCAAUACUCCAAGAAACUCUGUUCACUCCGCAUUUGGUGGCUCAUCAGGUGGCAGGGCAGUUGCUUCUACUAGCGGCAGCCGCAACACUGAUUCGGUGAGCCCAGGCGAGUAUGUGGGGGAUCCUGGAUCCCUACUGAGUUUACAACCAUGGAUUUUUAGAAGAAACGGCUCACAGAACCGUGGGGAAAGUGUGCUUGCGAGUGGUAGCAAGGCAGCUGGUAAAGGCAAGAAUCUGGUCAAUACCCUUCGAGUGGGUCAAGCUGUUGAAGUCACUCCAAGGAGCCCUGCUCUUGGUUCUGGGCCUGGAAGAGGUUGUGGAGCUCGUAGGAGCAGAAGAUCUCGUAGGAAUUUGAUGAAGCCACUUGUGCCAAUGGACAACUCCUCGUUCCACAGCUUUACAGUGAGAACUUUGAAAUUGAAGAGUGCACGUUUGCUCCAGCUCCCUCUCCAGCUUCUAUUAGACAAGGAGGAAUGUAGAGGCACCUCAGUGAAGCCAGGAAGUCUGAUUGGAAUUGCUCCUCUACCUGACCUGAAGAAACUCAAACAUGAGUCCAGAAAUUCACACGAUGCAAGGCUUGGUCUGUCUGGUUCUCAGCGAAGUAGCAAAUCACAUGAACAAGCAGGUUUACGUGAUCGACUACUCCUAUUCUCUAUUGGGGUGAGCAUCGGUAUACUGUUGUCUUCUCUGUCAAACAAGAAGGAAUUUGAUACGUUGAAGGGCACACUGAAACAAAUGGAGAACUUAGUUCAGGAUUUACAAGAUGAACUGGAGAUGAAAGAGGGUUUAACUGUGAAAGAAUUGCCUAAUGAAACUUCUAGCGAACAUGAUGAUGAUAAUAACAAACUACACGUAGUUGAUCCAGAGCCAAUGAGCAAAAUCGAAGCUGAGCUUGAAGCUGAGCUUGCAAGACUGGAACUGAAUAUCACUUCGAAACGUUUGGAAGAAGAAAUAUCUGACUUUAAUGAGGUUGACGAGGAGUUCAUUGGUGACAUUGUUUGUGGGGAACUGAAAGCUGAUGUGAUCCCUCGUGACCACACAGAUUACAGCAGUGAAUGUGACCAUGGCAGGGACAGCAGGGAAAGUUCCCCAGAUUACACAUGUGGAGCAAACUAUCCCGUCUCGCCAAGAGAUCUCAGCAUUCGUCUCCACAAGGUGAUCCAACGUAGGCUUGAAGACCGAAUCAAGGAGCUUGAGUCAGCAAUUGCCCACAGGCAGAAGCAGAGGCAAGUGCAGAUGAUGGUGACUGAUCAAAUAUUCUCUGAACGAAUAUGCUCAAACAGUGAGUCAGGUUCAUCUUCAGGCCAGGGAAGUCCCAUUUUCAUACAAGAAACUAGCUCCUUGGCAGAACCAUAUUGUCUAAACCUAUCUGGAGACGCACUUGAAGCUUAUGACGAAGCUUACGAAGAAUUCAUGAGAAUUGCUGACUCCCCUUGCACCACUAGUACAAACGGGAAGCCACAGGCAAACGAAGAUUACUUGGUAGACCGUGGGUUAAUCUGGGGAAUGGAGGACAGCUCUAGGAAGCUGAAAGAAGUACCCACUUGGGAGAGAGCUCUAAAGAGUGCAGAUCCUAGCAGAGAUCAAGAAAGUGAUAGAGAUGAGUCAGGCAUGCUCGGACAAGGACAUUCAUAUGAACAUGUUGUAAGAUCCAGCCAGAAUAAUCUGGGCCGGAAACCAAACCAGAUGAAACUGAAAAACGCAUACAGGAACACAGACGAGAAUAAGCUAGCAUAUGAAGGUAUCGGUAAAAAGUAA